GCCGCUCUGGUCAACCGUUCCUGGGUCUUUCCAAGUUCUCUCUGCGCACUCGUCUUUUGCCCAAGGUACCUCUUGCUCGGUAUCACCGUCAACCUCGAAAGUGAACCGUCAAAACUCUAAACAUUGGACAGCUUUUCUCGUCCGUCCAACGAUCGUUUCGAGGCCACCGACUUGUUCAGACGGGUUCCCUGCACGUCAGGAUAUCGUUUUCGUACCUCGUCGUCUAAUAGUUCCCUCUCGUAGAAUUUCUUUUUAGUACCUCAUCUAUCAGACGCCAUGCGAUAGAACAUCGAUCGAGUGUCCCAAAGAAAAAACAGCACACAGCAAUCCACCUUGACGUCUCCCUUUGAUCAGCCGCGCCAUACCAAAGAACCACAGAAACACCACCACCGGACAGAAGAACCGAAACAAGAUAUUCCCUCUUCCUUUGGUCUGCAAGGUGCCGGGUUUCCCGCUUGCUUUUGUGGUUCGUCCGUCCUCGUCGAGUCCACCCUGGCUGUUUAAGCGGGGGGUCCCUCCGUCCUCUUAUGCCAUCCUAACCCCCCUCCGCGACCGACGACCAUCCGGGUUCUCGACACAUCUUGCAACGCCGUCCCACGCCGCGCAAGUUCGCAGCCACCGUAGCCCACUCGCCCUCCCUCUCUCCGAGAAUCGACAAAGAGAAUUCCGAUUCUUCAUCGUCUCCAUCAGAGUAUCCCCUGCACUUGGCGCAUAAUAUAUACUGCCCAGCGCCUGUCUCGGAGCCUCAAUUCUCUCCAUCUACCAAGACGCCAAGCUGCGAGCCAAGACCUUCGAGGAUCCAUCUCCCCAGGACGCACACCUCGCCCUGCCGCCCUUCAGCUCUUCGUUGCUCCUCUCUGUCGCCAUCUCAUUGCGCCUCUCAGACGAUUUUGGCCUGUCGUAUCACCUCGGUAAACGCAUCUAGCCGCCGCCCAACCCAGUUUCUCAGAGACGCACAGGCUUCGAACCCAAUCCCCCGGCACUUAUCACAUAUCCCCGGUCGAUCGAGAAGCCGUUGCUCCAACCUGUACCACCGGUGGUGCCUCGAGCUCGUCUACCUUGCUGUCACAGCCUUCCGGGUACUUACCUGUCUGCGGUGAUUAAGACCAAAGCCUUAAAGCAAGCACCCGUCGCAGGCUCUGCCAGCAUCUGUAACGUAUUCAGCAAGAAAAUCAACAAAGAUGAAUCCUUUGGAAAUGUCAGCGGCGAAGCUCCUCGCCCUCCGCCAAGAUGAUGGCUCCGGUGCCGAUGCCGUCAACGAGUGCGGUGCCGCUGCCGUCGAUGUCAGCAACAAGGGGUUGCGUAUCGCCUCCAUCUUCAUCAUCAUGGUCGCUUCGAUGCUUGGCGGCUUCCUCCCUAUCUUCCUGGCCAGGACCACUAGAAUGCACGUUCCCAAGAUGACCUUCUUCAUCUUCAAGUAUGUCGGUACUGGUGUCAUUAUCGCAACCGCUUGGAUGCAUCUGUUGGCCCCUGGUGUCGAGGCUCUGCACAACGAGUGCUUGGAGCCGAUGCUGGGCAGCUAUGAUUGGGCUUUCGCCAUUGGCCUGAUGACCGUCAUGGUCAUGUUCCUGAUUGAGAUGAUCGCAUCCAACGUCGCCUCGUCUGCUUUCGGCAGCCAUGACCACGAACUUGGCCACAGCAACAGCAUGGCCACCAAGACCAAGGACAUUGGGACCGAUGGGACGAGCGCUACCGAGGUUUGCCCCCACGACGUUGACACUGAGAGGGGUGCCGGCUUUGUCGACCCCAAGAAGGUGCCUGGACUUCCAGACGAUGUUAGCUACCCGCCCGGUGGAAGGGAUCAUCUCGGCCAUGCUCGCGACCACACCGAAGGAGACAGCCACAACGGCCUCGCUGGCCAGUUGAUUGCCAUCUUUAUUCUCGAAUUCGGUGUCGUGUUCCACUCCAUCUUCAUUGGACUCGUCCUCGCCACCAGCGACGAGCUAGUCGUCCUCCUCAUCGUCCUUACUUUCCACCAGUUCUUCGAGGGUCUCGGUUUGGGCUCGCGUCUUGCCACCGCCACUUGGCCUUCCCACGGCCGCUGGUGGCCUCACAUUCUCGCCAUCAUCUACGGCCUGUCGACACCCAUCGCUAUUGCCGUUGGUAUUGCCGCUCAGCCGAACAGCGCCAAGACCCAGACUCUUGUCAACGGAAUUUUCGACUCUAUCAGUGCCGGUAUUCUGAUGUACACGGGUCUGGUUGAGCUUCUGGCCCACGAGUUCAUGUUCAACCCGCAGAUGAGAAACUCACCGCUCAAGGUGCAGCUCUUUGCGUUUGGCUGUGUCGCGCUCGGUGCUGGUGUGAUGGCUGUCUUGGCCAACUGGGCCUAGGUGUGACGGAUUGACCAUGACGGACGUUGUGUGCAAACGAACGAUGUAGAAUUGGUGAAAACGGAACUGGAAAUGGUAAACGGAUUAUGGGGGCAAUCGGUGAAAAUGAUACCUGGGUCGGUGAGCCUGUGUUUAGUGCACGGUGUGGAACAUUACUUUCGGAGGCAUUUUGGAUUUUGCAUUAGGAGGAGUUUUGCAUACGCCUCUCAGUCAGGCAUAUAAUGGGAUAGUG